UCAAAGCAAUUUAACACAACGGCCAGGAUCAAGAGAAACCGGCGCGCAAGAGAUCACCUUCUUCUCUUUGACUCUAGACUGUUUCAGUGGCUCCUCAAAGUCUCAGAGUCACCACCACCAUGCCAUUAUCGGCGACGCUGUCACCUCCGACUCUCUCUCUCUUCCCUCAAUCACAACCACCUCAUCAAUCACAGCUUCAUCUCCCUCACAAUCUCACUCCAUUUCUCAAACCCAAACGAUUCACUCCCCAAUUUCAUUGCCCCAAAGCCACUCGACGAAACCCUAAUUACCCUCCGGGCGGCGGCGCCGAUAGCUUCGUCGACGAUCCUCGCAAUUGGAGCCGCUCCAUAAGCUCCGAAAUUGACCGGCCCUAUGGUUUCGAGGACGACGAUGAAGACGAUGAAGACGGAGACGACGAUGAUGAGGAAGAUAGGAGCUUGGAUCUGUUAGUGAGGUUUGUUCAGAAUGUAUUUAAGAAGGUGUCGAAGCGAGCCAGGAGGGCCGUACGAUCGGUUCUUCCCGUUGCAAUCCCCACCAAGUUGGUGGGGUUUUCCGUUAAUGGGGUGCUAAUGCUGGCGUUUUUGUGGGUAUUGAAGGCAUUUCUUGAGGUCAUUUGCACCCUUGGUAGCCUAGUCUUUGUAAGCAUCUUACUCAUUCGUGGGAUCUGGAUUGGAGUGGCUUAUGUACAAGAAAACCGCAACCAUAAAGUCGGCAAUUUUGAAGAUGAAGGCCGCCCAUGGACUGGUGCACAGCCUGCAACCUGAUACAUACACCAAGCUGAAGGAUUCUUCAAUUUACAAUCUUACACAGAAAUAAGAGCAUCCAUAGGAGGACUGCUUGGCAUCAAGGAUGAUGAGAAGAUAACAUCAGAAUCCGAUUGAGCAUAAACGUUGGUCUCAUCUUGAAAGAGUUUAUGAUGACGACUCCCUGCCUGAAUAGGUGGGCUAGAUAUUCAUGUAAUCCUGUGGGAUACUGAUUGACCACCUAAGUGUAUAAAAGCAGGAAGAAUUGUAGCUAUAUAUUUGGUGGGGAGGGUUCUCCUGUAUGAUAUACAUCAUAUCCACAGCUAUACUGUCAAAAAUAAAAUUGCCCCUUGUGCUUUCUUUC